AUGGAGUACUGGAUGGCGAGCAACGAGACCGAACAGAAUGGCAGAGCAGAGGCACUCGAGGAGGUCCUUCAGGAUCCAGGAUCCGCGGUUCUGUUCGUCGGUUAUCCACGAUGGCUUUUACACUUCGCCGCCAUCUGUUGCAUCCUCUUCAUGUUCGUCGGCAUCCCUGGGAAUCUUUUCACCAUUAUUGCCCUGUACCGUACCAAAAAGCUGAGGAACGCCACGACGAUCUUCAUAAUGAACCUAUCGGUCUCGGAUUUUAUGUUCUGUUGUUUUAAUCUUCCUCUGGCCACGUCGACUUUCUGGCACAGUUCCUGGAGUCAUGGAGCACUCCUGUGCCGGCUGUUUCCUUUGCUGAGGUACGGUCUGGUCGCAGUGAGCCUCUUCACGAUAAUGGCGAUCACGAUCAAUCGUUAUAUUAUGAUAGGUCAUCCUAGGUUAUACCCUACAUUGUAUAAACCAAAGUACUUAUGGCCCAUGGUUCUGAGUAUUUGGAUCGUCGCGUUUGGCAUUCUGAUCGUCACGUGGUUCGAGAGCUGGGGCCGUUUCGGUCUGGACACGGCCAUUGGUUCCUGUUCGAUCCUCCCGGAUGUUUAUGGUCGAAGCCCCAAGGAGUUUCUUUUCGUCAUUGCUUUCCUGACGCCCUGCAUCGCGAUAAUCGUUUGCUACGUAAGAAUUUUCUGUAUCGUUAGGAAAACGGGCUGCAAGAGCAGGAGAAGAAACGUGGCCGCCACUAGAAACAUUGAUAAACUCAAUCACGAGCGAGGCUCCGUGUCUCCCAGAAAUCAAGAAGAGGAGCUCUCGGUAUUGGGAUCGAAUUGCACAGCGAGUGUCCUCUGUACAAACUUCGCUUCGAAACGCGCGAUCACGCCGUCGAAUCGAUUCAACGAUUCGCAGACGCCUUCGAGAUCGGCGAUCGAAGAAACGCUGUCGGAAUCGCAGCCCUCGUGGCAGCAAGAGAAAGAUAUCAGAGACGACGAGAACGAGGAAUCGGAGAGGAAGGAUUCCAAGGAACGACCGGACAAACGGAACAGUCAGUUGUCGGCUUUGGAAAGCGUCGAAGUCUACGAGAAAAUAGAUUCCAGUUUGGGGAUCAAGAUUGACGAUAUACCGUACGUCGACGAACGCGACGAUUUAGACGCUACGAACGAUAGUUGUUCGAACAACGAUCGAAAUACGAUUCAAGGAUCGUCCGCGAAGGGUUCCGUGAAUUCUCGAGGUAAACUGGAGAGAAUGGCAAGCAGGAGCUCGUUUAUAAUCGAGCUGGGUCUCUGGGUUCAAAGACUGAGCUCGAAGGCCUCCAUGGAGAGCGAUCGUUUGGAGAGCUUCAGCUCAAACUCCCCCGAACGAUCUACGCCAAGGCAGCCAGCGAACGGUGAUCGAGACUCGGGAUCCAAGAAAUUGAGGAGACCGAAGAACUCCUCGGUUCCACCUAGAAUGAGCAACAAAGACAAGAAGUUGCUUAGUAUGAUUCUAGUGAUAUUCUUGUCUUUCGUCGUUUGCUAUUUACCGAUCACCGUCACGAAAAUCUCGAGGAACGCCAUCGACUGGAGGGGUUUCAACAUCGCUGGUUACAUCUUGAUUUAUUUAACGACCUGUAUAAAUCCUGUGGUAUACGUGGUCAUGAGUUCCGAUUACAGAAGUGCCUACAAAAACGUGUUACUGUGUAGAAACGUGUCCAGAGCGAAAAAUGAAUUUAGGAGGCCGUGA